AUGAUAAACACUAUCAGCGGUGGACCUACCGUUGCGGGGAUGAGCCACCGUUCGAUGAAACAGUAUGUGCGCGCCGCGCAGUUUCCUCAGGUGCUCGGCAUAGAGGUGAAUCGGCACCAGGAAGUACCAAAAGUUCAUUGGGAGCCGAUCACAUUUUGCCAAGAGGAAGAAGAGGGAAUCCUCUAUCCCCACGACGACCCAAUGAUCAUCCGAGCUGAAAUUGCCGAUUACGAUGUGGGGCGAGUGCUGAUCGAUACCGGGAGCUCCGUGAGCGUAAUCUUUGCUGAAGCUUUCAAAGAGAUGGGAAUCAAUGACAACCAAGUCGACCGGCAGUUGACACCUCUGUUAAGCUUCUCUGGAGAUCUGGUCCAACCGAUCGGUAGUGUCAGACUGCCAAUUACAUUUGGCACGGCGCCGAGAAAAACAACGACGUCCGAUCAGUUCCUCAUCGUCGACUGCCCGACGGCAUACAACGUUAUCGUUGGCCGAACGGCACUGACGAGGAUCAAGGCGCAUCUUUCGCCCCACAUGCUGUUGAUGAAGUUCCCAACCCCGAACGGCACGGGGGCAAUCCGGGGAAAUCAGUUGAGUGCGCGAACUUGCUACGCUACGGCGCUCAAGGCAACUUCGUUCAAACUCCCGAACGAGACCAUGACAGUGCAGGGGUUGCCGAACGGUACGGGACCGGUUGACGACCCCAGAGAGGAAUCACCCACUCCUCACACGCAACCUGCCGAAGAAUUGGAGACCAUAACCUUGAGCGAUGAGCAGCCCGAUCGACAGAUUAGAAUCGGCACUAGACUCACUGCAGACCUCCGAGCGCAAUUCAUAAACUUCUUGCGGCACCAUUCGGAAGUAUUCGCAUGGUCUUACGAGGAUAUGCCCGGCAUCGCCCCGGAGGUCAUCAGCCAUAAACUCAGUAUUUCACCCGCUUAUAAGCCCGUAAGGCAGAAGCGUCGAUCAUACGAUGCCGAACGAUACGAAGCGAUGCGCAUGGAGGUCGAUAAACUCCAAACCAUCGGCUUCAUCCGGGAGGCAACAUAUCCGGUAUGGCUGGCAAAUUUCGUCAUGGUAAGAAAGUCCACAGGCGGGUGGCGAAUGUGCCAAGACUAUACCGAUCUCAACAAAGCUUGCCCGAAGGACAGCUUUCCGUUACCACGGAUAGACCAGCUCGUGGAUGCCACGGCAGGCCAUGAACUGCUGAGCUUUAUGGAUGCCUACUCCGGCUAUAAUCAGAUAUUCAUGCACCCUCCCGACAGCGAGCACACCGCAUUCAUAACGGACAAAGGGACUGCCGAAGAACACCUGCAGAAUUUAUCAAUCAUGUUCGGCAUACUGAAAGACUAUCGGAUGAGACUGAACCCGAAGAAAUGCGCCUUCGGUGUAUCUUCCGGGAAAUUCCUCGGCUUCAUGAUCAGUCAGAGGGGGAUCGAAGCGAAUCCCGAGAAAAUAAAAGCAAUCAUCGAUAUGGAGAGGCCGAAGACGACGAAGGACAUUCAGAGCCUUACCGGACGCGUGGCCGCCCUGACCCGCUUCAUAUCGAAAGCUACCGAUAAAUGUGUACCGUUCUUCAAAGCCUUGAAAGGGGGCAAACGGGAUAUCACAUGGACUGCCGAAUGCGAUAACGCAUUUCAAGACUUGAAGAACUACAUGAGCAAAGCCUAUUUGUUGUCAAAACCGCAGCCUGGAGAAAUUCUCUACCUAUACCUUUCGGUAUCCGGAACUGCCGUCAGCUCGGUAUUGAUUCGGAAACCAGAAAAAGCAGAGUUACCAAUUUUCUAUGUCAGCAAGGCACUCCAGAGUGCUGAACUUCGGUACCCACCAUUAGAGCAGCUGGCUCUAGCCCUUGUUGUCUCGGCACGAAGACUUCGGCCAUACUUCCAGGCACACGGGAUCAAAGUCCUGACCAACCACCCCCUCCGGCAAGUCCUCCAGAAACCAGAAAUUUCGGGCCGAUUGAUCAAAUGGGCGAUCGAACUCGGGGAAUUCGACAUACAGUUCGUUCCGAGGCCCGCGGAGAAGGGCCAGGCUGUUGCCGAUUUUAUCUCCGAGCUUACCCCAGCAACAGUACGGCCGACAUCUGAGGCGAUUACCGAGACCAUCUUGCCGGAUCAACCAGGCGCCGAACGCCUCGACACAUCAACUCCCGUCUGGGGUUUGCACGUCAAUGGCUCGGCAAACCAGCAAGGAUGCGGAGCGGGCUUGGUGCUGACAACACCGGACGGACUCAAGAUCGAGUACGCCCUCCGAUUUGACUUCCGGACAUCCAACAACGAAGCGGAAUACGAAGCCCUCUUGGCCGGCCUUCGGUUAGCCAAGAGCAUGAAUGCAAAGCAAAUCCGAAUUCACAGCGACUCCCAGCUCAUUGUGAACCAGGUAACGGCAGACUUCGCCGCCAAGGAUGCCUCCAUGUACGCCUACCUUUCAACCGCCCAUCAGCUACUCCGAAGUUUCCAAGCAUACGAGAUCAAACAGAUCCCCGGAGGCGAAAACAGCCAUGCCGAUGCUUUGGCAAGACUCGCUUCGGCGAUAAACGACAAAGUCGGAAGAAAGGUACCAGUGGAGAUCCUUGCCCAACCAAGCGCUGUAGCCUCCGAGGUAUGUGCCGUACGGUAUGAGGAUACAUGGAUGUCUGAUAUAUACUUAUACCUGACGAACGGCACCCUACCUGAGGACAAAGCCCAGGCCCGGAAGCUAAGAUACCGAUCGGCAAGAUACACAGUCAUCAACGAUGUGCUCUACAAACGUGGCUACACCACCCCGUAUCUCAAAUGUCUUACGGCAGAGCAGGGGGACUACGUCCUUCGGGAAAUUCAUAACGGUGUAUGUGGCGACCAUUCCGGGUCCCGAUCCCUCGCCUACAAAGUCUUUCGGCAGGGAUACUUUUGGCCAACCAUGCAUCAGGACGCCAAUACACUGGUGAAGAAGUGUGACAAAUGCCAGCGCUUCGGUAACGUCCCACAUAUCCCUGCUGAACCUCUCACACCGAUCGUAAGUCCUUGGCCUUUCGCACAAUGGGGACUGGACCUGAUUGGCCCAAUGCCACAAGUGGUACCCGUGGAAAUCGGCGAACCUUCCUACCGAACGGAAACCUUCGCACCGAAGCAGAACGAGGAGGCCAUGUCUCUAAGCCUUGACCUACUCGAGGAGCACCGAGCACAGGCCAACCUUCGGAAUGAAGCCUACAAACAGCGUGUGUCUCGGUAUUAUGACUCUAGGGUCAGACCCCGCUUUUUCCGAAUCGGGGACUGGGUCAUGCGCAAGGUGUCGCUUGCGACGAAGGAUACCACGGAAGGAACCCUCGGACCUUCCUGGGAAGGACCUUAUGAAGUCAUCGGUAUCCUUCGCUCGGGAACCUACAGAUUGAGAGGCUCCAACGGCAAGGCCCUCGGCCAUCCUUGGAACGUAGAACAUCUCAAAUACUACUACAAGUGA